UGUCCGUUGCCGGCAGCCGGGCCGUGCUGGCGGGCCCCGGCGCCGCUCAGCGAGGCGUCCCUGUCGUUACAGCCGAAACAACUCCCCGAGAAGUGGCAGCACGACCUCUUCGACAGCGGUUUUGGGGCGGGCGCUGGCGUGGAGACCGGCGGGAAGCUGCUCGUCUCCAACUUGGACUUCGGCGUCUCAGAUGCGGAUAUCCAGGAACUCUUUGCAGAAUUUGGGACCUUGAAGAAGGCGGCAGUGCACUACGACAGAUCUGGACGCAGUCUAGGGACAGCAGAUGUGCAUUUUGAAAGGAAAGCAGAUGCUCUGAAAGCUAUGAAGCAGUACAAUGGAGUCCCCUUGGAUGGGCGCCCCAUGAACAUUCAGCUGGUUACAUCACAGAUAGACACACAGAGGAGACCAGCACAGAGUGUAAACAGAGGUGGCAUGACCAGAAACCGUGGUGGUACAGGAGGAUUUGGUGGUGGAGGUACCAGGCGAGGUAGUCGUGGCGGGAGCAGAGGGAGAGGCAGAGGGGCUGGAAGAACUUCCAAACAGCAGCUCUCUGCAGAAGAACUAGAUGCACAGCUGGAUGCUUACAAUGCCAGGAUGGACACCAGCUAAAGUGGCGAGCAGUGCAUGGAAGGACUCCAGACAUCUCAUUCCAUGCUCUGUGGCGGGAGGGGUGUGCGACUGUGGCUACUAAUAUCAAGGAUGGAAUUUGUUUUACUUUUAUGUUUUGGAAUAGGUUUUAAACUCAUGUAAAGGUUUUUUUUAAUUCUGAAGCAGACCCGUUUUGUACCGAGUUAUUUUUGGGAUAAAUUUUACUGGUUGCCUGUUGGGCCGAGGUGGCUUUUUCACCUUUGCCGUAAUAAAAUAGAACCGUGUCUAGA